GGCGUGGUUCUCUUUCACAGUUCAAAGAGACAAGAUCAAGAUGGCUGCUUUCUUUCUGCACAUGAGUACACGUGAGAUCAGGAGACAAGAUACCGUUUAAGUCUGUGGCGGCAAAUAUUCUUGAAGAUAGACGUACCUUAGAGCUAAUUUUGGUUAAUUGGUGUAGACAACUCCAUUUCAGGGGCUACUGAAGCCCAGCACCUCCUGGUGUUUGGAUCACAACCCUUUUGUAUAAAUACCUGACCCCUACAUGGAUAUCAGUGUGGAAGUCAGCCCCGACAAUGUUGUCGAUGAAACUGUCGAAGUUGUCGAGAGCCUCAGGGUCAAUUCUUCUGUAGCUAGCCUACUGGCUGGGGACACACACCUGAUGGUCACACAUGCACAAGACGUUCUCGUUCCUUCCAUCUAGGUGCAGAUCGAGACACAGUCGAUUGACCCGGUCGCGCUUGCCUCGAUGCACUCAGGUACCCUCAUCACUAUUCCCGUGGGACCACCCUCACCUGGCGGGACAUCAGUGGGUAUGGGUAUGAAACGCUCUCACACACAAGCUGAACUCACUGUAGCUACGGCAGAGCAGCUGCUUCAGUCCGCCGCAGGAUCUCCUAUUCUCAAUGCAAUGUCUGAUUCUCUUAUGGACCUCCCUCGGAAAAAAUCCAGGAACUACCUCGAUUCCCACAAGACCAUUGAGAAGAAACGUCGUGAUCGUAUCAACUCUUGUUUGGAAACCUUGAAGACCCUCGUACCAGAUUGUCGUCAAUAUGGCUCGAAAAAACUUGACAAAGCCGAAAUACUUGAAAUGACAAUUGACUACGUGCAAAGAUUUCAGACUCAGGGUGGUAUGAACAGAAGUACGGGGAACCUAGAUAUGAACAUGGGCAAACGGGAAUGGGCCAACGACCUCACCACGUGGGCCAUCCAUAACAAGAUGCUCUACGAUGGGCCUAACUCGUUGGACCAGUUCUGUCAGGCUCUGUUGCUCCACUUGCAGGGAAUGGGCUCUGGUAACGCCCUGGCCUCAGCCACAAGCAUGCUGCUCAACCAGACCAACUCUAAUAAUGAGGAGGAUGCUUUACUCAGACAGCAGACUGUCUCCGCUCAGACGGCCAUCUUGCAACACCUCCAACAGCAAGUCUCCCCCACCAAGGACAACAACUCCACCCAGCAGCAACUACAGCAGGCCCAGCUCACACAGCUGCAAGCUCUACUACUUCUACAGCAGCAGCAACAACUGCUGAGUCAGCAACAAGCCCAAGAGACCGAUACUCAGUCACAGCAAUCCCAUUUGCAACAGUUGCAACAGCUACAGCAACUACAAGCCCUCCUGCUCCAACAUAUUGCAAACGAAACCAACCCGAGUAGUGCCGACACUACGCUCGAUAAAUCGGACGAGCAAAGGUCAGAGUCCAUUACUAUGGGGACAACAAAUGUGGAAAACCAGUCGCCUGCGAACCAUCCGACAGUUGAGCUAGCGAGAGCAGAUGAACUGGCUGGGUCUGUGAGCACGGAGGAGACGGUAUACACGAGUGCCCUGGGGGAUAGCCUGCUACAAGUCAGCGUGAGCGCUCAGUCCACACAGCAGGACCAUAACAGUGCAGGUCAGAUGUGGUCGUCUGCAGGUGCCCAACGGCUCAUGCUAGGUGGUGGUGACAGAGGGCUGGGUGUGGAGGAUGACCCCACCAAGGGACAGCUGACCGUGCAGGAAGAGGUGGAGCUGCUCGUACAUCAGGAACCAUAGAGACUCGACUAGUUGUGUCAGUAGCAUAUGCACUUUUAGAGCAUCCUCCCUCUGUUUUAUAUCUCACUUCAUGCACACUCCAGCUGGUAUACAGCGGACUGUUUUAUGUAUUAUAUAAUAAUUAUUAUAUUAAUUGUGUCAACUAACUGUGUCAACCCCAUUAAAAUUCCAUUGUUGAUGUUGAAAAAAAUAAUUGAUUAAUUUUUGAUAAA